AUGCCAACCAUGACAGACGCAUCCCCUGCUGUGCCAAGCUUCAUCGCGUUCACCAACGAUGGUGCGCAGGCACUGCUCGUGCUCGCCCCAGCCCUGCUGCUCGGCAGCGUGUCCCGCACACCUCGCACCGUAUUCUACAUCAAGAGCGAGACGCUUGUCCUUCUCACUCUCGUCUACACCUUCCGCUACAGCCACCUGUUCACCAAUUCUUUCAAUUUCGACAACAUCCUGCAGUACACCCAUCUGUGGAUGCUCGUCCAAACGACAUUCACCGUGCAUUGGUUACAGACCAAAGCGUUCAUUCCCAAGCCUGCCCCUGCCGAUCACAGCAAUGAUGAGGAGCAAGACGAGGUAGAGAAGCUGCUGGACCCGCUCCCUGCCUCCUUCAAUCCUAAACCCGACCCUCAACGCUUAACCGCCGACGUGAAACGCGUCAUCACCUUCGACCGCCGCCUGUUUGGCAACAUUCUCCUCUGGUCCUUCCUCCCUACACUUUACAGCGGCGACCACUCGCUGCUCUCCUACGCUGUCGACGCGUACUCCCACAAGUCACACGCUCCCCUCUCGCAAAUCAUCUACUCGCAGCUCUCCAUCGCCACCUGCCUGCUCGAGAUCAACGCUCUGGUGCUCCUCUUUGGCCGCGUCAUCAUCCAGCGUCGUGGACAGAUCAACAUGCCCCCUCCCACCGAGACUCAGCUCCAGAACGCCAAGAUCGACGUCGAGGAGUGGAAGAAGAGGCUUCAGACGCCAAACGGUGUUUGGGCUUUCAUGUGGUUCAGCAUGGCGAGCGCUGCGCUGGCCCUGCCCGGAUACAUCCACAAGGCUGAUCGAGUCAAGCGUCCUGAGGACUUUGAAAUCGCCAUGUGGCGCACCGUUGCCAGCAGCAUGACUUUGCUCAUGUUUGCGGCUACGAUGCUGUUCUACAGGUUCAUGCGUCCGAGCAGGAUUCAGCUACCCAAGGACGACGAGCACGUCAAGGCAGGCAGCCUUGCUUGA